CAACCAAACAGCUUUAACGAGUUAAAUCAUACCCUACCCAACUGAACAACAUGGAUGCACCACACCGUCACCGUCUUCUUCUCUCUAAAGUCUAAACUAAAAUUGCCACUAAUCUAAAGUCCAAACUAAACAGUAGUCUUCUUCUCAAAACUUCUCCUUCCUGUCCCGUGAAUGAAAAACAGAAAGAGAUCAAUCAGACACACCCCCCGAUCGGAUCGGAUCGUUCUUUAAAUAGAUAGAUUCAUUGAACAAACUGGUCAACUACUUUUUUUUUGUUUGUUUUUUCUUUCUAUUUCGAAAAGUACACUGCUAGUAUUAAAACUACAGGUAACAAAAUGAGUAUAGAUACAUUGGUCAUGGCGAAUUUGACAACCCUGAAAAACCACCCAGUACUUGCAGCAGCAGGUGCCCCUCCUUUCAGUUUCAGUUUCAGAUUCAGUUGGUGUGCAUCAGGAGCAGUCACAGCUGGUCGGGAAAACAGGAAACAGAUGAGGGGAUCUUCUCCUUCCGGGAUGGUUACUGAGGUUGGGCCCAAGGCGAGGAGGAUGAGGAGAUCGGGGGCAAGAGCGACGAUAAUGAUGAUGGGGAAGUACAAAGGCACCCAGAUGAGGGAGAAGCAGCUGACGGAGAUGAUAGAGAAGAAGGUGAGGGAAGCGAAGGAGGUGUGCGGGGAGGACGGGAAGAGCGACGAGUGCAAGGUGGCAUGGGACGAAGUUGAAGAAGUGAGUCAGGCCAAGGCAGAUCUGCGUCUCAAGCUGGAGAUCAUGCACCAGGAUCCACUUGAAUCCUUCUGCCAGGACAAUCCCGAAACUGACGAAUGCCGUAUGUAUGAAGAUUGAGAGAGAGAAAGGCGUGUAUGGAUUGAAGAUUACAGCUACUGAUUUUAUUAUUAUUUUUUUUUUUCCGUUUGGUCUUUCGUUAAAUUUCCUACUACCAUUACAAAUGGUUCAGCUACCCUAUUAUGUACUGUACUGGUAGAGUAUAAUUAAUAAAAUGAAUGGUUCAGCCAA